CCAAGCCUUCAAAAGUGGAUUGUAGAUUACGAAUAAAAAUAACAAAUGUUACAUCAUAUUGAUAUAAUGAAAUGUUCGAAUAGAUAGCGUCAUAACGCUUUUACAGUUUCGUAAAACAUUUAGCGGCGCUCAGUUGAACGGCGUCAGCUGAGCGCGCGCGCCGCCAUCUUUGUUGGAUAGAUUAAAAAUAUUAAAAAAAUGACACAACAAGGACCGGCUUUCGAUGUGAAUGCUAUGACCUUGACCAGAUGGGUCUUGGCUCAGCAAAGAACAGCUCCUGAAGCCACUGGCGACCUGACUUACCUUCUCAAUUCUAUACAAACAGCAGUCAAGGCUAUACAAUCGGCGGUAAGGAAAGCCGGAAUCGCUAAACUGCAUGGUAUCUCUGGGGACACUAACGUCCAAGGCGAACAAGUGAAGAAACUAGAUGUUUUAUCAAAUGACUUGUUUAUAAACGUUCUUAAAUCUUCAUUCACAACAUGUCUACUGGUUUCCGAAGAAAACUCUUCAGUUAUAGAGGUGGAAAGCGAGAGACGCGGCAAAUACGUGGUGUGCUUUGACCCUCUCGACGGAUCCUCUAACAUCGACUGUCUUGUCUCCGUUGGAUCUAUCUUCUGUAUUUAUAAAAAGACAUCAUCAGGGGAGCCAUCGGAGUCUGACGCGUUACGUCCGGGGCGCGAGGUGGUGGCCGCGGGAUACGCGCUGUAUGGCUCCGCUACCAUGAUGGUGCUGGCGCUAGGCCGGGGGCGGGGGGUUAACGGCUUCAUGUACGAUCCCUCGCUCGGGGAAUUCAUACUCACCGACCCUAAUAUGAGAAUACCUGAGAAGGGGAACAUCUAUUCCAUUAAUGAAGGUUACGCAGCGGAAUGGGAGGAGGGUUUGAAGAGUUAUAUAGAGUCUAAGAAGCGUCCCGCGAGCGGCAAAGCGUACGGCGCGCGGUAUGUCGGCUCUAUGGUUGCCGACGUGCAUAGGACUAUCAAGUAUGGCGGCAUCUUCAUGUAUCCUGCCACUAAAUCCGCACCUAACGGGAAACUGCGUCUUCUUUACGAGUGCAUUCCGAUGUCGUUCAUAGUAUCGGAGGCUGGAGGUUUGGCCUCUAACGGCCAAGUCCCCUUACUGGACGUGCAGCCCACCAACAUCCACCAGCGCGCGCCGUGCUACCUCGGCUCUAAGUUAGACGUCGAGGAACUUAUGAAACAUUUAAAGGCUUAACUUUUCCAUUGUUAUAUGAAAUAUUGUUGUCUAUUUUUUCCUAAUAAAGUCUGAUACUAGUCUUAAAA